AUGUCGAAUCCAUCGGGUCGUUCCUGGUACCGUUUCUCUGGCGUCGUCCGGCAAACACAAAACUCUUCACGCGACCCAUCUCCUCCCCGCCACGUCAUCAAACCACCACGAUCUCCGCCUGCUCCGCCUUCACCUCCUCCGCUGCCUCAACCGCUGUCCACAUCAUUACGUCCACCACCAAAAGAAGUGCAAGAGCCUAAACCGAGUCCGGUUACAUCUUCACGGUCUAUAAAACACGAACCAGCUAAGCCUAGGGACGAGGGAGAGGUCACUCAUCAGAAAAGCAUUCUUUCGGAGAAAACAAACCUCGUCCACGGUUCAAACGAGGAGCAGCAACACGAGUCUGAUGACGUUAUUAUGGGUACACAAGGCGUCAUAACCAUUUCAGGUGAAAACAAAGGAGCUGUGAUGGAGAUUAAACGGUCACCGAUAAAGACACAUGGCGUCGGGAAAGGAGAGGAUAAUAGGUCAAACAACUCAAAGAAGCAUAACGAUAAUAUUGGUGGAAAUCUACCGAUUGAUGGUUUUGUAAACAGUAACGUUCAGAUAGUAAAUGGCUCUGUCGUCUACAACUCCUCGGAGACUCAUCAUGAUCCUGGCGUUCAUCUUAGCCUCUACUGGAAACCUAACUCUGGCAAUGGUUUAAUUGUUAAAGACCAUGGAAACGGCUACAACAGCUCAAUCAACUAA